AUGCCUCAGACGUCAACCGACGCGCCGUGGAACCUCUUCGGUCCUCUACUGACCGAGUACUCUACUAUCGUUAACCUGAUCUCUCUUGUCUGUCUUGGCCUCGGUCUUUUGCUGUUCGUACCAGUGUUUCUCCUUGUGAUAUUCGACCUUUUUCUCUGGAUGUGGAGGAACAUCAAUAACAAGAACCCUCCUGCGACUGUCGAAUCCGAUGCCAUUGUCACUACGAACCCACAUGCUGCAGCAGUAGCAACAGGAAUAGACAAAGCAUCACUUUGA